UUUGUAUGGGGGGGGGGGCUGGUGUGCAUUGGGAAGAGGGGUAGUCUUAUACGGCGAGUGCACUGGAGUUGUCACUUACACCCAGGGGCGGACUGACAACUCAUGGGCCCCCGGGCAAUAGGGGAUCAUGGGGCCCCUGUGUCCUUGCCCAAACUCAAAAAAGCCUAUGAAAAAGGUACCAGGGGCAUCUCAUGGGGCUCCCUACUGACUCCGGGCCCUCGGGCAGUGCCCAAGUUUCCAAAUGGUCAGUCCGCCCCUGUGUACUAUAGUUUCCAGCAAUGAAAGCACUCCAUGAAUGGAGGUUGGGCAGAUGAAUGA